AUGGACAAGUUUCGGAUGAUCUUCCAGUUCCUCCAGUCCAACCAGGAGUCCUUCAUGAAUGGCAUCUGCGGGAUCAUGGCCCUCGCCAGUGCCCAGAUGUACUCAGCCUUUGAUUUCAACUGCCCCUGCCUGCCGCGCUACAACCAGGCCUACGGGCUAGGCAUCCUCCUGGUGCCCCCCUUCAUCUUGUUCCUGCUGGGCUUCGUGCUGAACAACAACAUCUCCAUGCUGGCGGAGGAGUGGAGGCGACCCCAGGGCCAGCGAGGGAAAGACCAGGCCGUCCUGCGCUACAUGUUCUGCUCCAUGGCCCAGCGGGCCAUGAUCGCCCCGGCGGUCUGGGUCUCGGUGACGCUGCUGGAUGGCAAGUGCAUCACCUGCGCCUUCUGCACCUCGGUGCCCGUAGAGACCCUGGGCAACGCCAGCCACCCCAGCCUCUCCCAAGGGGACAUGAAGCGGGUCCUCGCCCGCAUCCCCUGCAAGGAGAUCUACGAUGGACAGGAGCUCAUCGCCAAUGAAGUGGCCAUCAGGUACCUGCGCUGCAUCUCGCAGGCUCUGGGCUGGUGCUUUGUGCUGCUGAUGACCACGCUGGCUUUCUUGGUCAGAUCCCUCCGGCCCUGCUUCACCCAAGCCGCCUUCCUGAAGAGCAGGUACUGGUCCCACUACAUCGACAUCGAGCGCAAGCUGUUCGACGAGACGUGUGCGGAGCACGCCAGGAGCUUUGCCAAGGUCUGCAUCCAGCAGUUCUUUGAGGGCAUGAGCACGGACCUGGAUUGGGAGAUCAUUGGGUGUCCGGCAGCGACGCUGACAGUAAUCGCCUCUGCGGGAGGUGACUAA